CCCAGGCAGCCCGGGCGGCCUGAACAGCCUAAAAGGAAGCCUUUGCGACUCCAGCUGCUCCGCGGACUGCGAGCUGUGGCGGCAGAACCCCGCUACAGCAAUCGCAGUCUCCGUGGAGCGAGUAGAAGCCUUUUCUCUUUUUUACCUACCACCUCAUUUCUACCCUAGUGGCGUGGACAACAAGUUCUCCGUGGGGGAUACAAAAAACACCCUAGUGCAAUCCUGCCUGGUAUGGACUUGUUGUCCGGGACGUAUAUAUUUGCGGUUCUGUUAGCAUGUGUCGUGUUUCAGUCUGGCGCCCAGGAGAAGAACUACACCAUUCGGGAAGAAAUGCCAGAAAACGUCCUCAUAGGCGAUUUGCUGAAAGACCUCAACUUGUCGCUAAUUCCAGACAAGUCUUUAACAACUCCUAUGCAAUUCAAGUUAGUAUACAAGACCGGAGAUGUGCCACUGAUUCGAAUUGAAGAGGGCACAGGUGAGAUCUUCACUACUGGAGCUCGCAUUGAUCGUGAGAAAUUGUGUGCUGGCAUCAUAGUGGACACCCGUUGCUUUUAUGAAGUGGAGGUUGCCGUUCUGCCGGAUGAAAUAUUUAGAUUGGUUAAAAUACGUUUUCUGAUAGAAGACAUAAAUGAUAAUGCACCAUUAUUUCCUGCAACGGUUAUCAAUAUAUCAAUUCCAGAGAACUCGGCUAUAAACUCUCGAUAUGCUCUCCCAGCGGCCAUUGAUCCAGACACAGGAAUAAAUGGAGUUCAAAACUACCAACUAAUUAAGGGUCAAAAUAUUUUUGGACUUGAUAUCAUAGAAACGCCAGAAGGAGAGAAGAUGCCACAAUUAAUAGUUCAAAAGGAGUUAGAUAGGGAAGAAAAAGAUACAUAUGUAAUGAAAGUAAAGGUUGAAGAUGGUGGCUUUCCUCAAAGAUCCAGUACUGCUAUUUUGCAAGUCAGUGUUGCUGAUACAAAUGACAACCAUCCAGUUUUUAAGGAGGAUGAGAUUGAAGUCAAUAUACCAGAAAAUGCUCCUGUAGGUUCUUCAGUAACACAGCUCCAUGCCACAGAUGCUGAUAUAGGUGAAAAUGCCAGGAUUCAUUUCUAUUUCAGCAAUCUUGUCUCCAGCAUGGCCAAGAGGCUAUUUCACCUCAACUCUACUACUGGACUUAUCACAGUAAAAGAACCACUGGAUAGGGAGGAAUCUCCAAACCACAAGUUACUGGUUUUGGCAAGUGAUGGUGGAUUGAUGCCAGCAAGAGCAAUGGUGCUAGUAAAUGUUACUGAUGUCAAUGAUAAUGUCCCAUUGAUUGACAUAAGAUACAUCAUCAAUCCAAUCAAUGGCACUGUGGUUCUUUCAGAAAAUGCUCCUCUUAACACCAAAAUUGCUCUCAUAACUGUGACAGAUAAGGAUGCUGACCAUAAUGGUAGGGUGACAUGCUUUACAGAUCAUGAAGUCCCUUUCAGAUUAAGGCCAGUGUUCAGUAAUCAGUUCCUCCUAGAGACUGCUGCAUAUCUUGACUAUGAGUCCACAAGAGAAUAUGCCAUUAAAUUACUGGCUGCAGAUGCUGGCAAACCUCCUUUGAAUCAAUCAUCCAUGCUCCUCAUCAAAUUAAAAGAUGAAAAUGACAAUGCUCCAGUUUUCACUCAGUCUUUCAUAAGUCUUUCUGUUCCUGAGAAUAACUCUCCUGGUACCCAGUUGACAAAAAUAAGUGCAACAGAUGCAGACACUGGGCGUAAUGCUGAGAUACAUUACCUGCUAGGCACUGAUGCUCCAUCUGAAUUCAACCUGGAUCAUCGUACAGGCAUUCUGACUGCAGUGAAGAAACUGGAUAGAGAAAAACAGGAAAAAUAUUCAUUCACAGUUCUGGCAAAAGAUAAUGGGAUGCCAUCUUUAAUAACCAAUGCCACAGUCUUAGUGACCGUUCUUGAUCAGAAUGACAACAGUCCAAUUUUCACUCACAAUGAGUACAACUUCUAUGUCCCAGAAAACCUUCCAAGACAUGGCACAGUAGGACUAAUCACUGUAACUGAUCCUGAUUAUGGAGAAAAUUCUGCAGUAACUCUCUCCAUUUUAGAUGCAAAUGAUGACUUCACAAUUGAUCCACAGACUGGUGUCAUCCGACCGAAUAUUUCAUUUGAUAGAGAAAAACAAGAAUCUUAUACUUUCUAUGUAAAGGCUGAGGAUGGUGGUAGGGUAUCACAUUCUUCAACUGCCAAAGUCACUAUAAAUGUGGUCGAUGUCAAUGACAACAAACCAGUUUUUGUUGUCCCUCCUUCCAACUACUCCUUUGAAUUGGUUCCACCAUCCGCUAAUCCAGGCACAGUGGUCUUCACAGUAGUUGCUAUUGACAAUGACACUGGCAUGAAUGCAGAGCUUCGUUACAGCAUUGUAGGAGGGAACACAAAAGGUCUGUUUAUGAUUGACCAAACAACAGGCAACAUUACACUGAAGGAGAAAUGUGUCCUUGCAGAUCUUGGUUUACACAAACUGAUAGUCAAAGCCAAGGAUUUAGGGCAACCUGAUUCUCUCUUCAGUGUCAUAAAUGUUAAUCUAUUUGUGAAUGAGUCGAUGACCAAUGCUACACUGAUUUAUGAAUUGGUGCGCAAAAACAUUGAAACACCAGUGACCCAAAAUAUUGAGACAACUGAUACAUCCUCACCAUCAAGUGACUAUGUCAAGAUCAUGGUUGCCAUUGUUGCUGGCACCAUAACUGUCAUUCUUGUUAUUUUCAUCACUGCUGUAGUAAGAUGCCGCCAAACACCACACCUUAAGGCUGCUCAGAAAAACAAGCAGAAUUCCGAAUGGGUUACUCCAAACCCUGAAAACAGGCAGAUGAUGAUGAUGAAGAAAAAGAAGAAGAGGAAGAAGCAUACCCCUAAGAACUUACUGCUUAACUUUGUCACUAUUGAAGAAGCUAAGGCAGAGGAUGCUGAUAAUGAUAGAAACACCGUCACACUAGACCUUCCCAUUGAAUUGGAAGAGCAAACCAUGGGCAAGUACAACUGGGGCACUACACCUACUACUUUCAAGCCUGACAGCCCUGAUUUGGCCCGGCACUACAAAUCUGCCUCUCCACAGCCUGCUUUCCAGAUCCAGCCGGAAACUCCCCUAAAUUCAAAGCACCACAUCAUCCAGGAACUGCCUCUUGAUAAUACCUUUGUGGGCUGUGAUUCCAUCUCCAAGUGUUCCUCCAGCAGUUCUGAUCCCUACAGCGUUUCUGAGUGCAGCUAUCCAGUGACAACUUUCAAGACCCCUGUGUCUGUACACACCAGACUGUUCACAUGAGCCCCAUGUUUUCUACCAAGGUGGAUCUUAAAUGGGUGGCAAACAUAACAGAUGCCUAACAUCUCAUCAUGGUGAGUUUUUACUUAUAUUUAACCAUGAAAAAUGUGAUCUCAUUUCCUAAUUCUCAUUGCUAUCAUUCUGUUUUUUGGAAACAUUUCUCAACAAAAACGUAUUUUUUUAUGACUAGCACUUUAUGUGUGUUGUGUAGCCUCAUAGCACUUUUCCGAGGGGUAAAUUUGUGAUUCACUUAAAAAUCUACAAUGAGUAGGGUUUGUGAAUUACUUUCACAGAGCAUCAUUUUUAAUAGAUUGGCUUGUGAAGUUUGUUAAAAGAGAAAAUUCUUGUUUCAACUGUUUUCAAAAUCAUAGAGAUUUUUAAGAGCUAGACUUAUUUUACAUGAAGACAUGAACAUACAGUAAGCAUACCACAGGUGAAAUAAAAAAUUGGAAGUGUUUUCCAAAUAUCUUCUGUUUAUUUUAUAUUAUUUUCUAAUCCUGAGAAAGCCAAUAAAAUUAAUAACUUUUAUUAAGACAUUUUAUUUUAUUUAGCAAAGAAAUCUUUUCCUAAAUGUAGGAUAAUAAUUUCACAGGACAAGCAAAAUAAGAAAAGUAAAUGCUAAUGAGAAUAAAAUCUUGGUUAUCAUUUGAUUUUUAUUAGCUAGAAGGACUAUCUUAGAAUCAAUGUGUUUUCAGAUGAAAUUCAACUUUUUCAGAUCUUAAGAAAUAGGUAAAUUAUGUAUUUUGUCAUUAGUUGACAGAUGUUUCAGAUUAAUUACUAAAUAUCUUCUGGACAUGAAUUGGUGAACUUAGGCAGACUAAUGUGAUAAUAAACAUAAUUUGAAUCCUCGUAUUUUUUGCAACAUUUGCAAUGUUCUUCACCCUUUCUAAUAUACACUUCAUUUUCUGAUUAAUGCCAAGAGAGUCAUCUUAUAUCCACUGAUGUUGCAGAAUGCUAAAUGUUCAUUGAGCACUGAAAAAGAACUCAUGUAUUUAUAAAAAUUCAAAUACAGUAGGUGUCUUUAAAAAAAAUCAUACAAAUUGGGGAAAACUGUCAGUCGAUAAAAUAAAAAUUCACUGUUCUUAAGGAAAUUCUGGCAGUGGAAUAAAAUGUUACUGUUAUCAGAAGGCAGAAUUAAAUUCAAUUGACUUUAAACAAAGUGAGAAAUACACUUUUCAAAGGAGACUUUAGGGUGAUAUUUACAUUUAGUUCACUGCUCAUCUGAAUAGAAAUAUGAGAGUGAAGAAAUGAAUUGGUUCUAGGAGGCAGUAAGAUAUAAGUGGAUUUAUAAAAAUUUCAUGUUUUAAAAAGAGAAUCAAGUAUUUUCCAUAGUUUUUUUUUCUGAUAUUUGUGUUCUGAAAAAUAUGGAACAUUCAUUAGAUAGAAGUGUAUCUAUUGCAGAAAACCAUUUAUACCUGGGUUUAAUGGUAUAAACCCAGCAAAGAUGCUCCUCUUUGAUAUAAAUUUUUACAAAUAUUCUGGAUGGCAUUUCUGUAUAUAUUGUAGUAGAAAUUUAAAACAAGAAGUUUGAAAGAUGAUCUUACAGUUUGCUUUUUAUUUCCAUCUUUCAGAGCAAGCAGAUAGUGUUUGGUUGGUGUGACUCUGAGAAAACAGUAAGAAUAAUCAUUUUAGAAUCAAUUUUGAUACUUCUAUAAAAGAGAUACAAUGCUAAAAUGAAACCUGCUUAACACAGUUCUCCCAUUAAAAUAUUGUGAAGAAAAUGUAUUUGGAAAAUAUGAAAUAAAUGAAUUUACUAUCUUGAAAUGGCCUUUUGUGUACAAGUCACUGUCUUAGCCAUGUAUUUGAGAUACUUCAU